AUGGACCUGGCUUCUUUUCCAAACUUCAUUGACGGCGACGUCAAACUCACCGUCGAGCCAGAUGUCUACAAACUACACUCCCAGGUGCUUGCGGCUGCCUCGAAGGUCCUCGGAGACCUGGUUGCUCCAUUGCCUGAAAUCGGCCCAUUGCCAUAUAUUCAGGGGAUGAACCACCUGGGUAUCCGGGAGAUCAAUCUAGUCGGCGAUGCCGCUCAUAAAUACGGUGCCUUUCAGGUCCAGGAACCACGGCAUUUCAACAACGAAGUAAUGGGGUUCACUGAUUUGGGUUCCUUCCCCGUCUGGCCAGCAAAGACUCGCCAGUGCUGGGCAAAUAUUUUCAAGAUGUUUUACCAGAUCAACCCUACGCUGCAUGAUAAUGGGAUGCCCAGCAAUUUGUUGCAGAAUAGCCUGGAAUUGGUGGAUCUGGCCGAAGACAUCGAAGCAACCCAUGUCAUCUUUCCCGCUAUCAGUACGGCUCUCGUCGGAUAUGGCCAGGAGUUUUACCACUGCAUCGCCCAUGACCCGAUCCGCUGGAAUAAACUCGGGCUGAGAAUUCAAUCGGUGACAAUCUUCCAGGAGUCGAUCAUCCAUCUGGUGGGGAGAUGGAAUUGUCUUACAGACGACGGCUUCAAGUCACUGCCUGAAGUUUCCCGUGAGCUGUGCUCGAGGAAGCAAGACCAGGUGGUUAUGUUGAAGCAGAUGGUCGAGGUGCAAAUUUUACAGCAUCAGCCGGGUGCCAUGCCGCACACUAACCCAGCCGAUGCUAAAUGCAGAGAUGUCUACAUGUGGAUGGCAAUCGCCUUCUUCCGGCAGUGGCUCUGCCAGACCAUCACUGACAGUCGGAAUCAUCGUGCCCUGGAUGGAGGAGCUGCCUUCUACCGUGCCAUUGGCGCUGGGGGCGGUGCUUACCUCGAGGUGAUAGAUCAGAGCAGCCUUGUCCUACUAUUCCCGAUAGACCAUUACGAGGUGAUGAUCAUCGAAGAAAGACUUUCAACGGUGAAGGACCGUGUGAAGCAUCUGGUUGCCGAAUUGCUGGUCAAUCGAAGUGGUUAUGACCCUAAGGCUUGGGGCGAACUCCCCUACCUUACCUGCUGCAAGCUCUACAACCAAGACUUCCCCUGG